GCGGAAGUAGAUGAAGGGCCGAGAGGCAUAGCGGAAGAGGGAGUCCUGAAAUCACAAACAUGAACAAGCUGAAAUCCUCACAGAAGGAUAAAGUUCGCCAGUUCAUGAUUUUCACUCAGUCCAAUGAGAAAACAGCACUAAACUGUUUGUCUCAGAAUGACUGGAAACUAGAUGUUGCCACAGAUAACUUUUUUCAGAAUCCCGAACUCUAUGUACAAAAUCUAAAGGGAUCAUUUGAAAAGAAAAAACUAGAACAGCUCUACAAUCGGUACAGAGACCCCCAUGAUGAUAACAAGAUUGGUAUAGAUGGCAUCCAGCAGUUCUGUGAUGACCUGGGUCUUGAUCCAGCCAGUAUAAGUGUACUACUAAUUGCCUGGAAGUUUCGCGCUGCAACGCAGUGCGAGUUCUCAAAACAAGAAUUCAUGGAUGGAAUGACUGAACAAGGAUGUGACAGCAUAGAGAAGCUUAAAGCACAAUUACCCAAAAUGGAGCAGGAGUUAAAAGACCAAGGGAAGUUUAAGGACUUUUAUCAGUUUACUUUCAACUUUGCGAAGAAUCCGGGGCAGAAAGGCUUGGAUUUAGAAAUGGCAAUUGCUUACUGGAAUUUAGUACUGGCUGGACGCUUCAAAUUCCUAGACCUGUGGAACAAAUUUUUAGUGGAGCACCAUAAGAGGUCUAUUCCAAAAGACACCUGGAACCUCUUGUUAGACUUCAGCACAAUGAUAACUGACGACAUGUCCAACUACGAUGAGGAGGGAGCAUGGCCGGUUCUUAUUGAUGAUUUUGUGGAAUUUGCUCGGCCACACAUUGGGACCAAGAGCACAGCCGUGUAAGACCCUAAAAGGGUCUUCCGAGGGCCAUUUGGACCAUCCCCAUUUCCUCUGGCUCCCAGAGCACAGAGGACUGAACUGAGAUCUGAAAUGCCUUUAACCCUCAGGAUUGAGACGUCCACUUAUAACAGACAGUUCGAAGAUGCGUCUCAUUUUCAGUCAUCUAGCGGUGGUUUGGGCUUUUUAAGUCUUACAUGUUUGGAUGUGUGCCACUUUUGUGUCGACGUGAGGCAACCGAAGCUGGUUCAAGCUCUGGGACCUUGCCACACUUUCCCCGAAGUACUCCAGAAUCAGUCGGGCAAGAACUAAAACUGAACGGACACUCAGACAUGCCAUCUAAAUCCACACCCAGAGCUUGGCUGGGGAAUGUCUGAAUUCAUCAAUAUUAAAUUUUAAUUUUAAUACUCCAUCUGCGUUCCUGCUUUGAAUGUGUACUUUUGUGUGUUUUUUUUAAAUAAAUAUAUGGGACACAGUUUUGAUUGGAUUUUUAGGGGAUAAGAACUAUAGAAGCACCCAGUUUUGCUAGUUUUAUUGUGACUUAUUGUAUUAUAUCUUCUGUUGCUAUUGAGAAAAUUGGUAUGAUUUCACAUUGCUUGUUUGGUUUUGAUUAAACUUAAUUGGUCAUAA